UCGAGCGUACCGCUGUUUCCUAAAAUAGCCUGCCCCCCGAGCGCUACAUCAUUGCGCUAGCAGCGCACGGCGUUAGUCGGCAGCCGCAAAGCGCAGCAGAAGGGCGUCUUUGCUGUAGGACGACACACGCACCAUCUCAGCUCUUCGUCCUGCCUAUAGCCUCGCAUCUUAACAUCGCACACGUUGUCAGGCGCCCACAAUCAUCAGCUGCACUUGUCGAUGGUCACCAAGACUCUGCUCCAUCGCCAAGAAGUUUAACGGAUACGACUCUGCUAGUUGGGAAGAAGAGAUUUGUUUCGACAACGGUGGGAAAAAAAGAGAGAGAGAAGCCGUAAUAUUUGCUAACAACUCAAGUUAUCAUUUAUGAAGUGGACUUUGAUAUACUAAGAAACGCUGCUAGCUUCAAACCAUCUCAUUUACCGACAUGGCUACCCUGAAUUGUCGCAACCGCUUUCAGGUGUUGUGUUACGACCAAGUGUUACGCCUGCACGAAGUGAUGGAGGAUGUGGUGCCAAUACACGGCCGUGGGAACUUCCCCACCCUGCACGUCAAGCUGCGAGAACUUGUCCAAGUUGUGCAGAAGAAACUUGUUGCUGAAGGUGUCCAAGUUCGAGACGUGCGCCUGAACGGAGGGGCUGCCAGCUACAUUCUUGACAGUGCCAGCUGCCAGGAGUUCAACGAUUUGGAUUUGAUUUUUGGUGUCGACUUGUCAAACCACAAUGAGCUGCAGAAGGUUCGCAACUGUGUGCUUGAGUGUCUGCUUGAUUUUCUGCCAGAAGGCGUGAGUAAAGAUAAAAUGAGCAGCUGCAGCCUGAAAGAGGCGUACGUUCAAAAGAUGGUGAAAGUUUGCAACGAGCAUGGUGACAGAUGGAGCCUCAUCUCGCUCUCAAAUAAAACGCGCAAGAAUGUGGAGUUGAAGUUCGUUGACAAGAUGAAACGACAGUUCGAGUUCAGUGUUGAUUCCUUCCAGGUGAUUCUAGAUAGUCUUUUGACUUUCUACGACGUGUCCCAGGCGCCCAUGAGUGAGCAUUUCUACCCGACAGUAGUGGCAGAAAGCGUGUACGGGGACUUCAGCGAAGCUUGGUACCACCUCAAUAACAAAAUUAUAGCCACCCGCAAUCCCGAGGAAAUCCGAGGAGGUGGUUUGCUGAAGUAUUGCUAUCUGCUGGUAAAAAGUUUCACGCCUGCAGAUGACAUAGAUAUCCGGACCAUGGAAAGGUACAUGUGUUCUAGGUUCUUCAUUGAUUUCAGUGACAUCAACCAGCAGAGACAAAAACUGGAGUCCUACCUAGCCAACCACUUCUCUGGGGAUGAAAGUAUGAAAUACCAUUACCUGAUGACUUUGUAUCGAGUGGUAGAUGAAAGCACCAUCUGCCUAAUGGGACAUGAGCGCCGCCAGACGCUGAACCUUAUUCACCAGCUUGCUUACCAGGUGCUUAUGACGCAAGAACGAAAAGCCCAGGUCAAGUGCAUCGAGCUGCAUGAACUGGACCAGCUAAACAACCUGGUAAUCGACCAGGUGUUUUAUGGGCCCUUUGCCAGCAGCGUCAAUGGCAGCCAAUUCUACAGCUACGCAGCUCCAUCUCCCACCUUUGGCCAUCAGAUAAGUAAUGCGGCAUCUUGCCCCUUCUGUCCUCCGUACCUCAAAUGUUCAUAAAAGUUCUACUGCUGCUGUUUCUCGGGCAAAGUUGAUUUGUUGUUCCAUGACCGAGGUCCCAUAUAUUUGUUUAAAGGGAAUGAGGUAGCUGGUGGCGAAUGGAGGAGGGGUCCAUCGCGUGUGGUGCUAAGGAUGAAUAAUGUAAAAAAAAAAUAUGUUCAGAAAUAACUUUUCCAUCCUUAGAAUUGAAAAUUGGUUUGGGAUGUUAAACUGUGUAAAUAUUUCCUGCAGUCAUCAAAAAGAUGACAUUUUUUUUAUCUUGGCUUCUGUUCAUGUAAUGAAAUGAAAUCUACAGUACCAGUCACUUCCCCCAAAAUACAUUUGACCUUUCUUAAAGCAACUGGUAUGGCAUGAGUCUCUGUACCUGCUUCAAGUGUGUGUACUCUGGCUUACUAGGUAUCCUUGUCUGCAAGCCGUGUGCAUCUUGUGCUGUAUGAGUGUGCAGAUGUAAUGCCUGUGGAUGACGGAAGCUUCAUGCAAGUGUGGCUGACUGUAGCAACACAUUUGUUUGUGAGAUUUUCUCUACAUCCCUAAUACAAUCUAUUUUUCUUCAAAAACUAAAAAAGAAGCGUACAUUUCUUUUGGUACUGUUUUGGUGCUUUUUUUUUUUUUUUGCCAAAAGGUAAUGGUUGUAGAAUAAAACUUUAGAACUGACUUUUAAUUUUUCGGGCAAGGGAAAGACAAUCUGGUGCCAUGUCUUUGAAAUUGAAUACCGAAAAUUUUCCAAAUUAAACUAUUUCUCAUAUUUCUCGCUUCACCAAAAAAAAAGAAAAAAGUCUUGUUAUUUAUUUCAAAGUUCAGGUUGUAUGACUGCCACUGUCAGUGUGGCAUAUGGAAUGGAGAAGAUGUAAUGUUUUUAAUGAUAAAAUGGACGAAUGUUUUCUUCUUUCUGCAUUACAAUUCUAGCAUAAUAAACAGAUGAAUUUAAAUAUUUAUUAUGAAGCUUUGCUGGGAUAAUAAAGCUUUGAAAAACAGAAUUUUGUCUGAAGAGAACAGUUUGUUUUCUUCUGAUGUUGCCAUAUCACACCUGCAUAAAAUGUAUUUAUAGAUUAAGCUUAUGAUUCACUGGCUCAUCAUGCAACUCUGAACCACUUGAUUUUUAUUUUAAGAUUGCAAUCUCAUCAUAAAAAACCAACUUUACUGUGUGUAUGCAUGUGUUAGCUACUUAAAAAUGCUUUGAUCCUGUGUGAAUAUAUUCAUGUAGGCCUUAAAAGUCUAAGCUAGACUGCCCAGCAUUGUUGUGCAAAGCUUAGGUACAUAGAAGAUGAGGGGAAAUUGUUCUCAUUUCAGAAAAAAUGUACAUGCCCUAUCUGUAAAUAAAGUCAAGGUUGUUGCCACUUGAUAAAAAUCUUACAGUUUGCCAUUGGUCGAAAUGUAUUACAGUCUGUUCAAGUAUUCUGUUAACACACAGACAUGAGGGAAAAGAUUACCUUCUCCAAAUGUUUCAGUACCACCUGAAAUAGGUCUUCCAGCUAACUGAACCAAGUCACAAAGCAGUUGCAUCACAAAAGAGCCAAUAUUACCAAAUAUGAAAGUAAGAUUUGCUGACAAAACAAUGAAAGUAAUACUGCAGGAUACAUUCACAGGGCUAAAUCUGUCGUGAAAGGGCAUACAUUAUCCCCACAAUAUUUGGAAAAACUGUCAGCGCAUCCAUUUGCUGCAGAAAAAUCAUACUGACAGCAUUCAGUCUGGUGGCAGAAACUUUGUCCCGGCCAUGGUAUACUUAUAGUGACAAAGUGUAAGCCGUCACUAAAAGUUGCAUUAAUUUUGGACGACUGUAUUUUGCCUUGUAUAUUGUGCUAUGUGGGGGUGCUGGUUACUUGAAUAAUGUUAAACAUGCUUAUGUAAAAUAUAAAAAUAUGAAUAUAAUUUGUUUCAUUGAACUUGCCACCCUUCAUGCAGAUGAUCUUGGGUAGUAUUUUCUAUUGCCAUUGUCGUAUAUAGUAAUUUCUUUUCAUAUUUGACUGGGAUGUAAAAACUGCCUCAACAAUAAAGGCAGCUGAUUUUUCUUGUGUGUUUGUGGGGUGGGGCUGGGGGAGGGGUGCACAUGUGCUUGCAUGCAUAGGUUGAAAAUUGUCCAAAAACGUGUUGAUUUUUUGUGUUCAAUUUCGAUUUUUGAGGUUUUGUCACAUUUACCUUGAAUAAUGAUGAAAGCUGUGAAUCCUUGACCUAAAUAAGUUUCAUUAUUCUGAUAUACUUAAACAUGACCUGCUGCUUUCAUUUCUCCUAUUCUCUCUCUUGCACAGACACGCACACACAUUUAAGCUCACAGACACCGUCAUGUGCAUCUGUGGAUUUCCGCUGGUUAUAAA